AGAGUGAUACUUCUGUAAAAUGAAUCAUGAGCUGCUCGUAGAAUGAGUGCCUAGAUCCCUUUCUCGACCUCCCCGAAGCGAAGCGUCGGGAACAGAGAGAGGGACGCCCACCCGAGCAUUUCCCAACAAGACUCAAGGAGCUCGGUCUUUUGUUCGAUCUACAGAGGGCCCCCUGAAGCCUCCUCGCCACGCCCUUCUCACAGCAGCAUCGCCCCGAACGCCCUCCGCCGCGCCAGGGAGUGUCGCUGGCCUCCUUGAUAUGAUUUGCAUCCAUCGAGGUCGCGCUGGUUAGGGUCGCAUCAGGCCAAGGACGAGUCAGCCAUGCGAGCGUUGCUCAAGAGUUGCCCCAAAAUGGAUCACAUGAAGGGCGAUGGCGACCAGCUGUCAGCCGACGCCCAGCUGGCCGCCUUGCAGGAGCAACUCGUCGCGGUCAUGCUGGACAAUCAGCACCUCACCGAGGAGGUGAAAAACAUCCGGGACUUCGGCAUGCGAGAGGCCGAGCAGCUCCGACAACAGCUGGAGAGGGAGAAGGAGAAGAGCCGGAUACUGAUGGAGAGAUUGCAGGAGAAGGAAACGAAGGAGAGGGAGAAGGGGGAGAGAGAAGCGAGGGAGAGAGAGAGAUAUCCGAGAGAGAAAAGUUUGCCACCUGGAGACAAAUCUCCGAGCUUACCGCAGCGAAUAAGGAAGCGCAUUAACCAGAUCCACAAGAGCCAGUCGUUCGAGGUGGAGGACGGGUCCCCGGGUCCUCCUCCGCCCCCUCUCCCCUUCAGCGAUAAACUGCCGCGUGUGAUUGGCGAAGAGCGGACCAAUCCCAAAUCAGGAUAUGAGCAACCAACCAAUCAGAUUGUAAAGUACGGGGGAGAAGCAGCCAAUCCCAAGUCGAGUUCCACGUUUGAUGUUGUUGAGAGCACCUCCAGGGGACGGUUCGCCUGGAAGCGACGCGGCCUGGAGAAGAGCAAGUCGCUGGACCAGUCGGAGUUCCUGGCGUCCCUGAACGGCGCAGCAUCGGGGGGCGAGGCCGCCGAACCUGGCUGGAUCGACGAAGACAACCGCCGGGAGAGCGACUCUGACGAAGGGGAGCGAGCGAUCCUCAUGAGCGAAGCAGGCGCAGCAGGGACCGACUCAGGCCUGCAGACGCCCCUCGGAAGCGCAGGGGGGCCGGUCGUGGUGACGCCCCUCGACCCCUGGUGGAAGCGGCUGGAGGUGCGGCUGAUGGCGGCGGUGUCAGAGCUCAUCAAGGACUUCUCGGAGGUGGCGGAGGAGGAGCUGCCUGACGGAGAUCCUGAGGGCGACCCGCUCACCGUCAAAAAGUUGAAGGAGAACAUCUUGAGGUUCGGGUGUGUGAUGCGGCCUCUCACGGAAUGCCUGGCCGUCGUGACGUCCCUCCUGCACUGGGAGUCGACCUCGGCCACGCUCCUCGCCCUCGUCGUCUACCUGUACAGCGUCCUCUUCGGCUGGGUCCUCACGCUCAUCCUCACCCUCGCCAUCAUCAGGCUUUCCAUUAAUUACCUCAAGAAAAGGUCCAUAAUAUCGGACCCGUACUGCCGCAGGGGAUGGACGCAGCACAUGUUCCGGCGGCUGCGGCGAGAGGGCGGCGAGGCGGGCGACGCAAGCGGAGGCGAGUCCGGGCUGGGAGACAAGUUCGCCCUCGUGUUGCAGGUGGCGCGCCGAGUGCAGAACCAGCUGGGCGCGGUGUCCAACGCCGCCGAGAAGUGCAAGAACCUCCUUCUGUGGGAGCACGAGGCCACCCGCCGCCUGUACGCCCUCUUGUGGGUGUUCUUGCUGGCCUCCAUUCUGCUGCCUUCGUCGCAGAUCUUCACCCUCAUCGGCGUCUACCUCGGGAUUAAGUUCUUCGUCCUCGACUACGUGUUCUACAGGUACCCGAGAAUCAGGCAGAAGUACGACUCCACGUCCCGGCUGUGGGACACGCUGCCGACCGACGCCGACCUGGAGAGGCGGAACGAUAAGAGACACCUGGAGAACGGAUGCUCCUCCCCAGAUUCCACGUCGUUCCUCGAGCUGUUCAACCUGCCGUCUGCCGAGUCCCCCCUCCCAGGUUGGCAAACCGGCCGCCGGUGCACGCUCGUCAACCGGGACCGCUCCCUCACCUCCGCCUUCAAGAACGGCCGCCUCUACCUUACCAACAGGUUAGCAAAACAGGACAAACAGUCAGCCUCUACAGCCAAAUUAACGACGUCCUCUAAUAAAACCUCAACAACUAACAAAAUAACAGCAUGUACUAGCGUUAGUGGAAAGACCUCCUCGACGACCACGAAAAGCGACGUCGCUUCGACCUCCUCCUCCUCCUCCUCCGGCUUCAGCUUCCUCAACAAAGGGAGCAAAGCCGCGAAGCACAAGGAGACGUCGAAGGACUCGAAGGAAAGCAGCAGGGACGAAGAUGACCUCGACGUCCUCUUCAAGAUGUUCGAGAAGACCGACGAAACGGAGCCGAUCGCGAACACCGCGCUCUUCCCGACGUGCGAGUCCCGGAGGGAGAGUCCGUGCCACUCGCCGCGCCUUGGCCUCGCAGCGCCGACGGGCCGGAAGACCCCGACAGGGCGGAAGACCCCGACGGAGCGCGAUUCGUCGCCGCUCCCCGAGCCGCGGGCGCUGAGCCUCGCCAGGCGGAGAGGGAUGCUCCUCCGCUCCGUCAGCGAGAUGGCGGAGUUCCCGCCGGAGUCCUCGGGCGAGGAGGACGGCUGCCAGUCCUCCCCAGACAUGAAGCGAUAUCGUUUCCGCCGGUCGGGGAAGGAGGGGGAAAGGCUCAAGCCCAAGAAGACCACGAAGCUGAAGCUGAAGAGCUCGAGCGCCCCCGAGGAGCAGAAAAACAAAACUUCUGUGAUCGAUCAGCUGAAUGACCGAGUCUUCUUCGCGGUAUGACGGCCGGGCAGCUCCCUCUCUUCUUGUCAUUCUCUUCCACAAAAUAGACAAUAGAUAGAACAAGAAAAAAAGAAUAAAACAAAAGCGCAAAACAGUGUAUAGUAGAUUCUUUCCCUGUGUAACGUAUUUUCUCUUCUCAUCAUAGUCCUCAUGGGCUAUGAAACGAAAAAUAUAUCAGUCAUAAAGGAACAUGAAAUCCUAUUCAUGACCGUGUGGAGACGCACUGGUGAGAAGCGCCUGCCUCAGAGUUUGUGUAACCCAAGAAAUGUCAAGUUCGGCCUUUUCAGUGGAUAUCUUUAACGUCAUCAAUUCAUGAUUACAGUUAGAAUAGUGAGUCUGAACUCCACAGAGAUGUGUACGUACAAGAAUGCAUGCUUAGACGAAUAAGUUUAAAUUUUAACUUCAUUAACAGUUUUUCUCAUGUCUCAGUCCCUAUGUUGCACGAAUUAAAUUCCUGACAUCAGAUGAUAAAAAUAAGAAAAGAAAAAUAAAGAAAAAUAAUUCUUUCUUGGUAAGUAUAUCAGCUGUCGUUUGAUGAUCCUUAGAAAUGCCCCCUUCUUUACAUGGUUACCUAUAGCUGUAUUAGCACAAGUACAGAAUUAGCCUCAUGUUCCUUUUGUAAUGUAUUUAGUUUCAUAUGAAGUCCAGUCCCUAGGAGAGUGUGAUAUUAUAAAGCAGAAAUUCGGUCACAGUUUUCAGUUUUCAGUCUUGGCGGUCUUAUCAAGACUCCAUCAAUCCAUCUCACCUGAGAAAGAGAAAAUAGCAACAGAAAUAGAAGGAAUUGAGAAAAAGACGGGAAAAUGUUCAUGAUCUUUCUUAUCAGGAAGCCGAUAAAAGGGCCUGAAUCCUUCUUCCAUAUCUCCUUCUCAUUAUCUCAGUUAAGUAUCAACAUAAACUAUAUGUUUUUUUUUUCUUGGCUCGCAUAUAUUUAUUCGUUAUUUUACGGUAUGUAGACCUGUUCAGUGGCAUUUACCAAGCAAGUUAUUUCCUAGACACAAGCAAACCAGGAAUGGAAAGUCUCAUUGAAAAGCAUGGCAGGACACAGUAUGAAUAUUUGCUUUUCUUAUGUUUUUUUUACGUUCUUUGAGAUCUGGACACAUCGCAGGCCUAUGCAAUUUCCAUACACAUCCUACGAAAGGGAAAAGCACUUUUAUUGUGUUAUAUUUCAAUACAAAAAUACUG